AGCUGCGCCACUCUCCUGCAUUCGCUGUGAUUCGGCUGAAGAAAGAAAUGUUUGUUUCAGUUAACUGACCUGGGAACAUUCCACUGUCACAAGGAACCUUGAGCUGGAACAGAGGAAUGAUCUAGAAACCAAUCCCAUCUCUUCUCAUUCUACAAGAUUAUAACCACCCUCACAAUUCUAUAUAAGGCUCGGAUCAGUUGGCAGGUUUCACUUGUUGGUCAGGAGCAACGAAGAGCAAGCAAAUGUCAAGCACAUUUCCAAUCCCAGGCGGAAAAAGACCCAGAGACCCCUCUACUCAGGGGUUAAAGGUCAAGUUUUUGAUCAAUAUACCUUUGUUGGUGAGGUCAGAGACUGAGGCACAGAGCACUUGUGAUCGUCUACUCAAAUCUGUAAGUGGAGGCUUUGAGGAAGAGGAUAGGAAAUAUAUGAAGGACAAGAAUGGCAAAUACGUGCUGGAAGACGUAGCCGUGGUUAUUGGCAUGAAUGGAAAAUACACCCCAGAUCUACAAAUGGUCCUGAAUAAGCUCAAAACCUUUAAUUGUGAUUGUGAAGUCAGGUAUUCUAUAAUCACGUACACCUGGGGAAAGAAUGGAACAAUAGCACAAGAUGCGCCUGACACACCGUACCAGGAUAUUCGAGAGUAUCUGAAAAGCAACGCUGUUACAACAAAACUUGUGGAGGAGUUAAGGGGGAAGGACAGAAGUUGUCUGGUUUACUUCAGUUUCGUUGAUAGCGACACUUUCAGCUUCAACUCCAUCUACAGUGAAUACUUACAGAUUGUGAGAGAGGAGCUGAGAAAAGACUCUGUCCCACCCACCGUGAUGUCAACUGGUUAUGAGUUCACCCACGAGAACGAAGCUCACAUUGCAAGUGACCUGGACCGCUUGAUUCGUUCAGCCGUAGCAGAGGUCUGUUCUCUCUUAGUGUAUUACCCAGAACCCAACUUCUGUGUUCUAGUGCGUGAUGGACUCAAUACCAUAGAGGAGAGUUUCAUCCAACAAGGAAGGAAGAAAACCGAGUACAAGAUGGAGUCACCAGUUCUGAUCAGACAGGUCAAGUUACGUGAAAAUUUUAAACCCAAGUUUGCACAGAAAAACCCCAUCAUCAUCGUUGCUCCAGAAAGAUUUAGUCUAAGUGGCAAAGGCCUGAAGAUCGGACAGUCAACUCUGGAGGGGAGGAAUUUGGCAAUUGGUGCAUACUGUAAUGGGGAGCUCACGAGUAAGGAAACAUAUAAUGGGGUGAAUUUACCAAAUGACCCCCAUGUUCAGAAAGGAGUAUAUUAUAAAAACAGACAGUUUAUCAUAGAUUUGUAUCUAUGUAAGGAUGACAAGGACUUUGAAGAACUGAGUAAAAAAAAUCCAUUCAGCAUGGGUGGAAAAGAUGCCACAAUACUAGUCGAUGCUAUUAGAGAAGCAAGGGAAUGCCGAAAGUUUGUUGAAGAAAUUGAUGAAAAGUUGCAGAAAGAUAAAUAGAUUGAAACAUUCAUCUGCCUCUGCCGGCCCUUAUUCCGAUCAGAAAAUGUUUAUAUGCAAAUUAUAUACAAGUGGCAGUUUUUAUGUGUCGAUAUGUUUAUAUGGUAAUUUAUUAUCUUAUCUAAAGACAUACUCCAUACUGAAAUCCCACACAGCAAAAUCCUUUGCGAUUUCAUAAUCGCGUUUAAAGGAUUAGUUCACUUUCAUAUUAAAAUUUGCUGAUAAUUUACUCACCCCAAUGUCAUCCAAGAUGUUUAUGUCUUUCUUUCUUCAGUAGAAAAGAAAUUAAGGUUUUUGAUGAAAACAUUCCAGGAUUAUUCUCCUUAUAGUGGACUUCAAUUGGCCCCAAAAGGUCAAAAUUACAGUUUCAGUGCAGCUUCAAAACGUUCUACACGAUCCCAGACGAGAAAAAAUGGUCUUAUCUAGCGAAACAAUAGGUAAUUUUCUAAAAAAAAAAAAAAAAAAAUUAUAUACUUUUAUCCACAAACGCUCGUCUUGAACUAGCUCUCUUCUUCUUCUCUAUUAGAAUUCCGGCAGUGUAGAUGCUGCUAAGUGUAUUACUGCCCUCCACAGGUCAAAGUUUGAAUUGUCAUAUACAAUAUGCUAGUGCAAGUACAAUUACUUCAGCUGUUUGGGGUCAGUUGAAGUCCACUAUAAGGAGAAUAAUCCUGGAAUGUUUUCAUCAAAAAUUUCUUUUAUACUGAAGAAAGAAAGACAUAAACAUCUUGGAUGACAUGUGGGUGAGUAAAUUAUGAGGAAAUUUUAAUAUGAAAGUGAACUAAUCCUUUAAACGCGAUUUCAUAAAUCGUGCAGCCCUACUGAGCAGUGUUCAUUUAACACUGGGGGGAAGGGGGUGCUGUACACAACAUAAACACACUAAGGGUGUGUUCACACUUGGCAUGUUUGGUUCGAUUAAAAUGAACCCUAGUCCAGUUGCUCUGUUAGUGCGGGUCAUUUGAAUAAUUGUGAACGCUGCCUGGUGCGCACCAAACAAGCGAGACCGAGACUGCUGAAAAGAACUCUGGUGUGGUUUGAAUGAAAUAUAACGUAACACAGGCAAGACAUGUAAAUGAACCAAAGACAGGAAAAUGAGACCCUAAAAAGAACAGAAUGCUCACGCAUACCUAUUUUUUUUAUCGUCAUAGUCGUAAUGUUGCUCGUCACAGUUCGGUACAGCCACCAGAACCGCGUCUCCUCACAGUAGAUCUUCGUUUGUGUGUGACGGAGGGAUUCCUGCCGUUAUUUUGACUCCGAUACACAUUUUAUAAGCUCUUCACGAGUUCUCAACUGGUCAAAAUAGCAUCAUAUAUAGGCUAUGUACAUACAACGAGCGCAUUUAGCCCAACACACAGCAUUGUUUUGGAUGUUCGGUAAGUUUCAUUUUAAAAUACGCAAUAUGUCAUAAAAGCUGACCAAUCAAGUUGUAAAUGUAUCCCCAGAGCUGAGUAGAUUACUUAUGAAUUGUAAUCAGUUACUGAUUACAAAUUACAUGACAAAAUAAUCUCUUAGAUUACAUUUUUGGUAACGUAAUCUGACUACUUUUGGAUUACAUUUACAUUACCCUUAUUUGAUGUCACAUGUAUUGUAUAUAUUGUAUUUUGACAGAUACAAAGAAAAAAUAUAUUCCAAAAAUAUAUUCUAUUCACCAACAAGAGCAUUAACAGAUUCUUUUUAAACUGCAAUGUAUGGACAGUUAAUACUCCAAAAUACUAACACUAAUGUACCUGUUAGUGUUUGCUGAUAGUAACACUGAAUAAAACAAAAUCACAUCUUAUGAUUUUAAAACAUAUUUACUUAAAUAUAAGUAUAUGUAGAAAACAGCAACAUUACAAAAACAAAUACUGAAAAACAUGAAAUUCAUUAUAUUAUUAUUUCAUAUAUAUUCAUCUGUAUUUCCCCCUCACCGCCGAAAAUACUCAAAGAAUCACGAACAUAUAUAAGCGGCAGGUUCAUUAUGAAAAAAAUAUAAACGUUAAAAAAAUGAAAAAUUAGGAGAAUCAAUGAAUUGUGAACAACUUACUGCCAUUAUGUAAAUAAUAUGUAAUCAUGUAAUCCAUAAAGUAACUGUCAUCUGAUUACGAGUAUUUUAAAAAGUAGUUUACUCUAAUUACAAGUAUUUGAUUUUUGGAAUCUGAUUACAUGUAAUCCGUUAUUACCCAGCUCUGUGUAUCCCUAUGCGUUUAAGUUCGGUGUUAAAAAUGCCAAUGUGAACGCUAAGUGGGCCAGGACUCAAUUUUUUUUUUUUUUUUUUUUUUUUUUUUGGUCCGGACCAAACAAACCAAAGUGUGAACACACCCUAACAUAACAAUUAAAGACAAAGUUCACAUUUUGGCUUAGAGACAUAGCAGCUCUAAUUUGCAGCUAAAUCAUCUUUCUCCUUAUCCAUAUCAUAGUAUAGUAUAGUACAGUAAUAUCAUUAAUGAAAUAAUCAUUUAAAGAAGGAAAUCAAAAUUACAAUUGAUAUUAACUUUAAUUUAUUUCCCUUUUUGGUUAUUAAAUCUUAAUAGUGAGGUGUUUUUCUUGUAAUUACUGGCUAAAAAUAAUGCCUAAAAAAUAAUAUAACCAUUGGUAUAUUUCAGAAAAAUGCUGUCUCUCUCACUGCAAAAAUCAAAGUUACAAAGUAUGUGGGGUGUUGCAAUUUACAUUUCAAUUAAAAUUUUAAGCAUCUAAAAUACCCUAUUUCUAUUUUUUUAUGAGAGAUGUCUACUAAAAACUUUAAUUUAAACUUUCUGACUAGGCUUUCUCAAGGUAACAAUAAAGUGUCUACAGUUUUAAAAGCUUGAAGUUUUGAGUUUCAAGUAGUUUCGAAAGUUUGAAGGUUUUAAGGCCAUGCUGUUUGCUGUGGUGUUCUGUGUGGAUUCAACGUCAUUGCUACACGGUUGCUAGGGUGUGCUAAAUGGUUGGUAGGCGGUUGCUAGAGUGUUGCUAUGCAAUUGAUUGAUUGAUUGAUUUAAGGUCUGGAUUCAGAGGUGCCAAUUCAUGUGUGAAAAUGAUCCUUUAUGCUCCUUCCGAACCAUUAUUUUACAAUUUGAGCCUGAGAGAUGUUAAGGGGACGAUCUGUCAAAAUUUGAUUGAUGACCCCUCUUAAAAAAAUUAUGUGACAGUGGUGAUCAAGGGACAUUUUUAUUAAAGACAGCUUUGCAUUUGCUUUAGAAGAAACAAUUUCUUUCACGUUUUAUGUAUGUGAAGGAAAAACUAUUUAUAUCUUAUGAUAUGCUUACUGUAAAGGGUGUUGGUACGUGACAGGAGGGCCUCCACUCAAGGACAGAAUAUGAUGAACAAGUCUAAGAAAGUAUCACAUGUGGUUAAAAAUACCAUCAUUGGCUUAGAGAUGAGACUAUAAGAGAGGAAGGAUGCCCUCCCUUCACUGUCACACUCUGCAGCCACUCUGAGUGACUGUAUGACUGCUGGCCUUUUCUUGCAAGAAAAUUAAACUCAAAGACAAUUAAUAUAUUUGUCUCUUAUUCAG